AUGGCUCCCAAGUCUGCAGCUUUCCUUGCCCUAGUCAUCACCAUGAGCUUUCUCUCCCUGGAGGUUGUCCAUGGCUGCGGCGACACAAGCUGCUCAAACCCGUCUCCGCCGCCGCCGGCUGUGCCGUCGCCGUCGGGGGGAACGUGCCCGAUCAAUGCGCUUGAUCUCGCGGUGUGCGCCGAUGUGCUGCAAUACGUUCUCAGGAUCACCACAAAUGCUCCGUCCUCGCAGUGCUGCCCGCUGCUUGCACGGCUCGUCGAUCUCGAUGCCGCGGUUUGCCUGUGCACCGCCAUCAAGGCGAAUGUCCUGGGUGUUGUCGCCGUCGAUGUCCCGCUUGAUAUCACUCUCGUUCUUAACUACUGCAACAAGACAUGCCCUCCUGGCUUCACUUGCCCACUCUAA